AUGCUCAUAGGAAGCGAACCAGGAAAUCCCCAAAACACGCAUAGAGGAGACCACCGGAAACCAAGACCCCACCCACAGAAGGCAAGAGGACCACGCACCAAUACCCAUAAGACCGGACUUCUCUCGAUUGACCCGGGCCCCAGUGGCCAACUCAAACCUCUCAACCACAAACUGGAGAGCCUCAACAGAAUCCUCAGAGGCCAUGAACAGGAUCUUAUAGUCCAUAUUCAGCAUAGUAAUGGGCCUCCAGUGCGAGAAGAACCGCAAAUCACCCGGCUUCGAGAGGAGCCGCACAAUCCCAACGCACUGAGACAUAGGCAGAACGCACCCCCAAAGACAAGUCUGGACCACGUCCAGAAGAACAUCCCCCAACACAUUCCAAAAUGCAACGCGCCCCAGUGCUCCCACCAACCGGAACAGGGGCAGAGGCCCCCCGACGUGCAUCCUUCGAUAACACCACUACCAGGUCGUGAUCACCCGGGGCAACCGCCCACUGAAAGGAGCCAUCAGCAGGAGGCACAGCGUCCAACACAGAAGGCACCACAGAAGACAACACAGCGACGUCCACAGCCUCAUCAUCCAUCGCAUCCCACUCCUCAGCCCACGUCCGGCGAGGCGACGCACCCCGAGCCCACGACGGCACUUAAAAAGAGGCCGCUGAUCGUCGGAACUGUCACCCUCAGCAAGGGUGCCCCAGAAGAACCAGCGGCAGGCGGCCUCAAAGCCGGGGCAGCAUGA